CUAGCUUGCCGGCUUAUCUUUGUAUACCUGUAUGCAUAUAAACCUUUCGCAGGCCAGAAAGGGGAGUCCAAGAGUAAGAUAAUACCUACGGUAGACCUCACAAGACUUUCUCCCCAAAGGUUGGUUGAUUCCCUAAUACCCUGAUCCCCAGUUUUGAGUCGAGUCAGUCCUCGGAGGCUCGGAGGCAGAUAAGGGAACAGUGGGCGAAACAACCGCGCGUGCUGUCAGUAGUAUUGCAUGACUAGCCAAGGUAUCUACCGGUAGAACAAGGCUUGUAGAUCUUUUUAAAAUGUAAAGAAUCUCAUUGCUGCUGUCUGGCAUGGCUACCGGUGCCUUCGCUGCUCUCUUCAAACCGUCGCACGACGGAGGUGCAAACAAGCAAAUCAAUGUUCCGAAAAAUGGCUAUCAUACGGAACCGGUAGCGUAGCUAACGAGGGCAACAAGUGUUUCGCCUGCUCGCGGAUUGAUUGAUCAUGAUCAUCGUUGAAUCAUCCCAGCGAACCUUGACUGAGAAUUCUCUGGGUCAGUCGACCUGUCGCUCCAUCCUUCCUCCUCCACCACCUCCAUCAGCUCCUCUGUUCCUCCCGAGCUCACAAGGUGCACGCAGAUCGCCCCUUGACAUUUUCUUUGCUCUUCCAAAGUCUGUUGGGACUUAGAUGUCUUCAGUCAUCCAGCACCAUCGUUGUCUCAUAAGACUGUCUCGCUGGUUGCUGACCCGGGACUCAGCGAUAUCUUUCAAAUGACUGUAAAAUCUUUCCCGUUCUAUUUUCUUCGGCUACCGCAAGGUGUUUUGCCAUGUUUCAUCCAUUGUUCGUUUCAGUUGCUGUAUUCGUGAUCAUUCUCAAUUCAAUUCCAUCAAUGCCUCCAUCACAAUUCAAUUCAAACCUGCCAAAACACAUUCAAAUACCACCAAAAUACCAUUGCAACCAUGGCACCUCUAGUACCGGUAGUAGCAACAACAGCACCCCAUCGACUUCAAGUCUGCCGUGUGGCUCCUCGUCCUCUCCAAAAGGACCAUCCAUGGCAGCCAUCCUUGGCAACUCCCACGACUCGCGAGCAACUGGAAACAAUGCGUCAACUGGAAUCCUCCACGUAUCUGGCCGAGCAUUAUUUUUGUUACGAGCAGUCAUGCAUGACGGUAUCGCGUUGUUAUACCGUGGAAUAUCUCUACCAAGUCGUUGACUACGGUGGUUUCCAGCGAGAUGUGGUGACCUAUGCCAUGACGCACUUGUUGGAUCGUUAUCUGAGUACUCGUUCCGACAUUUCCUCGCUGUUAACGGAACAAAAUCCCUAUCAACUCAUCUCCUUGACAUGUCUGUACAUGGCCGUCAAGUUACUGGAACCCAACAACAUUGGUAUCGAGUCUCUCGUGGCGUUAACCAAUCACGUCUACUCGGUACAAGAUUUCCAAGACAUGGAAUCCAACAUUCUGGACGCCCUCGACUGGCGCGUGGCCCACGGUCCCACGCCCUUGGCGUUUGUGCAACAUUUGCUGCAACUCUUGCCCGACCACCAAAAGUUGGCAUCGGCUCUGUAUCCACACGUCCAGUACCAAUUGGAAUUGGCCGUGUCCGACUACAAGCUCUCGUGCUUUCACAGCGACAAUCAUCGACCCAGUCAGCUCGCCGUGGCGGCCAUUUGGAAUGCCUUGGAGGCCAUUGAUGUCAGUGUCUUUUCCACACACGAAAAGCAACGAUAUCAAGCCCACGUGGAACGGGCAUUGGGGAGACGAAUGGACCCGGAACUAUUGAGACGGUUGCAAUCUACGUUACGGGAACUCAUGUUGGCGGCUUAUACGUGGUGUACAUCCUCCUCUUCUUCUCCUACCUCCUCACCAUCACCAUCUACAUGCAAGAGCACCCACAAGACCACUACAACACCAGAUAGUCCAUCCAUACAGAACAACAACAAGAAUAUUACCAACCAGGCGACGGAUAGUGGGAACAACCAGGGAGAAACCGAUGCGAAAGCGGAACAACGGGAUGAUACUGCUCCUUGCACGCCUCCUCGCGACAUCAAAACCAAUGUCAAUCGAUCUAGCAUUACCAGUGCGAUUAGUGUCCACAAGGAGCAGCAACAAGAAGAAGAAGAGCAGAAUGAACUUGAGAAGAAAUCGGGGCAAAAGACAGAACAUGCGUCAUCACCCAGUCAUGACAGCAUCAACGAUGUUUCGGAAGUCGAGUGGUUCCUCUACGCCUCAUGAUCUUAGAAAAUAUCCAUGAUACCUUGCUAGCUAGAUGGUAGGUAGCUACUCGUCCGCUGAAAGCGGCUUUCAUAAUUCAAACUAAGUCUACACGUCCAGCAAAGUC